GCCGCAGCCACUGCCGCCGCGGGGCGAGGUCGCCGCCAUGGCCCGCUGGAUCCCGACCAAGAGGCAGAAGUACGGGGUUGCGAUCUAUAACUACAACGCCUCUCAAGAUGUGGAGCUCUCCUUGCAGAUUGGAGACACGGUUCACAUCCUGGAGAUGUAUGAGGGUUGGUACAGAGGAUAUACCCUCCAGAAUAAAUCUAAAAAGGGGAUCUUCCCUGAAACGUACAUCCAUUUGAAGGAGGCAACCGUGGAAGACCGAGGGCAGCACGAGACCGUGAUUCCUGGGGAGCUCCCGCUGGUCCAGGAGCUCACGUCGACGCUGCGAGAAUGGGCCGUCAUCUGGCGCAAGCUCUAUGUGAACAACAAGGUCACACUCUUCCGCCAGCUGCAGCAGAUGACAUACAGCCUGAUUGAGUGGCGGUCCCAAAUUCUGUCUGGAACCCUCCCCAAGGACGAACUGGCAGAGCUCAAGAAAAAGGUCACAGCCAAAAUCGAUCACGGAAACAGAAUGCUUGGGUUAGAUCUGGUGGUGAGAGAUGACAAUGGGAAUAUACUGGACCCAGAUGAAACCAGCACCAUUGCCCUCUUCAAGGCCCAUGAAAUGGCCUCAAAAAGGAUUGAGGAAAAGAUCCAAGAAGAAAAGUCAGUUCUUCAGAACCUGGACUUGCGGGCCCAGUCUGUCUUCAGUGCCGUCCACACCUACGGCCUCUACGUGAACUUCAAGAACUUUGUCUGCAACAUUGGGGAAGAUGCUGAGUUGUUCAUGGCCCUCUAUGAUCCAGACCAGUCCACCUUCAUCAGUGAGAAUUACCUAAUUCGUUGGGGCAGUAACGGGAUGCCCAAGGAAAUAGAGAAGCUUAAUAACCUCCAAGCGGUUUUUACUGACCUCAGUAGCACAGACCUCAUCCGGCCCCGCAUCAGCCUCGUGUGCCAGAUUGUCCGGGUGGGCCACAUGGAGCUGAAGGAGGGCAAAAAGCACACAUGUGGGCUCCGAAGACCUUUUGGAGUAGCAGUGAUGGAUAUCACUGAUAUCAUACACGGGAAGGUGGAUGAUGAAGAAAAGCAGCAUUUUAUUCCCUUUCAGCAAAUUGCAAUGGAAACGUAUAUCCGGCAGAGACAGCUAAUCAUGUCACCCCUGAUAACAUCCCAUGUGAUUGGGGAGAAUGAGCCACUCACUUCAGUCUUGAAUAAGGUGAUAGCAGCAAAGGAAGUGAAUCACAAAGGACAAGGACUUUGGGUAUCUUUGAAGCUUUUGCCAGGUGACCUCACACAGGUUCAGAAGAAUUUUUCGCACUUGGUGGAUAGAUCAACUGCCAUUGCCCGAAAAAUGGGAUUUCCUGAAAUAAUACUUCCAGGCGACGUGAGGAAUGAUAUAUACGUCACCCUAAUCCACGGGGAGUUUGACAAAGGGAAAAAGAAGACGCCGAAGAACGUGGAGGUGACCAUGUCUGUGUACGAUGAGGAGGGCAAGCUCUUGGAGAAAGCAAUUCAUCCUGGUGCUGGAUAUGAAGGCAUUUCAGAGUACAAAUCAGUAGUCUAUUACCAAGUCAAGCAGCCCUGUUGGUAUGAGACUGUCAAGGUUUCCAUUGCUAUAGAGGAGGUUACUCGCUGCCAUAUACGAUUUACCUUCCGGCACAGGUCAUCUCAGGAAUCCAGAGAUAAAUCGGAGCGGGCCUUUGGCGUGGCCUUCGUGAAACUGAUGAACCCAGACGGUACCACUCUGCAGGAUGGGAGGCAUGAUCUGGUGGUUUAUAAGGGUGACAACAAGAAAAUGGAAGAUGCUAAAUUCUAUCUGACCCUACCGGGAACCAAGGUCGAGAUGGAAGAAAAAGAGCUGCAAGCAUCCAAAACCCUGGCCAACUUUACCCCGAGCAGGGACAGCACAAAAGACAGCUUUCAGAUUGCCACCCUCAUUUGCUCCACAAAACUCACCCAGAAUGUUGACCUGUUGGGCUUGUUAAAUUGGCGUUCCAAUUCCCAGAACAUUAAACACAACUUAAAGAAGUUAAUGGAGGUGGAUGGAGGCGAGAUUGUUAAGUUUUUGCAAGAUACACUAGAUGCACUUUUUAACAUAAUGAUGGAGAUGUCAGAUAAUGAAACCUAUGACUUCCUCGUGUUUGAUGCACUGGUGUUCAUUAUCUCACUAAUAGGAGACAUCAAGUUCCAGCAUUUUAAUCCUGUCCUUGAAACCUACAUCUACAAGCACUUCAGUGCCACUCUGGCUUACGUGAAACUCUCCAAGGUACUGAACUUUUAUGUGGCGAAUGCAGAUGACUCCAGCAAGACAGAAUUGCUUUUUGCUGCUUUGAAAGCCCUAAAGUACUUGUUUCGAUUCAUCAUCCAAUCCAGAGUACUCUACUUGAGAUUUUACGGCCAAAGUGAAGACGGAGAUGAAUUUAAUAAUUCAAUCCGCCAGCUAUUUCUCGCUUUCAAUAUGCUCAUGGACAGGCCCUUGGAGGAAGCCGUCAAGAUAAAGGGGGCAGCCCUGAAGUACCUUCCCAGCAUCAUUAACGACGUCAAACUUGUGUUUGAUCCCGUGGAGCUCAGCGUGCUCUUCUGCAAGUUCAUCCAGAGCAUCCCUGACAACCAGUUAGUUCGCCAAAAACUGAACUGCAUGACCAAGAUAGUGGAGAGCAGUCUUUUCCGGCAGUCGGAGUGCAGAGAUGUGCUGCUGCCGCUGCUGAUAGACCAGCUCAGCGGCCAGUUAGAUGACAACUCCAGCAAGCCCGACCAUGAAGCCAGCUCGCAGCUUCUGAGCAACAUCCUGGAAGUGCUGGACAGGAAGGAUGUGGGCCCCACUGCGAUGCACAUCCAGCUGAUAAUGGAGCGGCUGCUGAGAAGGAUCAACCGGACCGUGAUUGGGAUGAGCCGACAGUCUCCCCAUAUUGGGAGCUUUGUGGCGUGUAUGAUUGCCAUCCUGCGGCAGAUGGACGACAACCACUACAGCCAUUACAUCAGCACUUUCAAAACCAGACACGACAUCAUUGACUUCCUCAUGGAGACUUUCAUCAUGUUUAAGGAUCUGAUUGGAAAGAAUGUCUAUGCCAAAGACUGGAUGGUCAUGAAUAUGACGCAGAGCAGAGUUUUCCUCCGUGCGAUAAAUCAGUUUACCGAGGUUCUCACGAAGCUCUUCAUGGAUCAGGCAAGCUUCGAACUUCAGCUCUGGAACAAUUACUUCCACUUGGCAGUAGCGUUUCUCACCCACGAAUCCCUUCAGCUUGAAACCUUCUCUCAAGCCAAGCGCAACAAAAUUGUCAAAAAGUACGGGGACAUGAGAAAGGAGAUCGGCUUCAGAAUCCGGGACAUGUGGUAUAACCUGGGUCCCCACAAAAUCAAAUUUAUCCCUUCCAUGGUGGGUCCCAUUCUUGAGGUCACCCUGACCCCUGAGGUCGAGCUCCGGAAAGCCACCAUCCCCAUUUUCUUUGACAUGAUGCAGUGUGAGUUCAACUUCAGCGGGAACGGCAAUUUCCAUAUGUUUGAGAACGAGUUGAUCACAAAGCUGGACCAAGAGGUGGAAGGGGGCAGAGGAGAUGAACAAUACAAGGUCCUUCUGGAGAAACUGCUCCUAGAACAUUGCCGGAAACAUAAGUACCUCGCCACCUCUGGAGAAGUGUUCGCAUUCCUGGUCAGCAGCCUGUUAGAGCACCUGCUGGACUACAGAACCAUUAUCAUGCAUGACGAGAGCAAGGAGAACCGCAUGAGCUGUACUGUGAACGUGCUGAAUUUUUAUAAAGAGAAGAAGAGAGAGGACAUAUACAUAAGGUACUUGUACAAGCUGCGGGAUUUGCACCGAGACUCUGAAAACUACACAGAAGCCGCCUACACCCUCCUCCUCCAUGCCGAGCUUCUGCAGUGGUCGGAUAAGCCCUGUGUACCCCAUUUGCUUCAGAGGGACAGUUACUAUGUCUAUACCCAGCAAGAGCUUAAAGAGAAGCUGUAUCAAGAAAUCAUAUCAUACUUUGACAAAGGCAAAAUGUGGGAGAAGGCCAUCAAACUGAGCAAAGAGCUUGCCGAGACCUAUGAGAGCAAAGUAUUUGACUACGAGGGCCUUGGCAACCUGCUGAAAAAAAGAGCCUCGUUUUAUGAGAACAUCAUUAAAGCAAUGAGGCCUCAGCCUGAAUACUUUGCUGUUGGAUACUACGGACAGGGCUUUCCUUCUUUCCUCCGGAACAAAAUCUUCAUCUACCGGGGGAAGGAGUAUGAGAGGCGAGAAGACUUCAGCCUGAGGUUGCUGACCCAGUUCCCCAAUGCCGAGAAGAUGACCAGCACCACGCCCCCGGGAGAAGACAUCAAGUCGUCCCCAAAGCAGUACAUGCAGUGUUUCACUGUGAAGCCGGUGAUGAGCCUGCCACCCAGCUACAAGGACAAACCAGUUCCGGAGCAGAUCUUAAACUACUACAGAGCCAAUGAAGUGCAGCAGUUCAGAUAUUCCAGGCCAUUCCGGAAAGGAGAGAAGGAUCCAGACAAUGAAUUUGCUACCAUGUGGAUCGAAAGGACGACGUAUACAACUGCGUACACAUUUCCUGGGAUUCUCAAGUGGUUUGAAGUCAAACAAAUUUCAACGGAGGAAAUCAGUCCCCUGGAGAAUGCCAUAGAAACCAUGGAACUCACCAAUGAGAAGAUCAGCAACUGUGUUCAGCAGCAUGCCUGGGACCGAGCCCUCUCUGUGCAUCCCCUCUCCAUGCUGCUCAGUGGCAUCGUAGACCCGGCUGUCAUGGGGGGCUACUCCAACUAUGAAAAGGCUUUUUUUACAGAAAAGUACUUGCAGGAGCAUCCCGAAGACCAGGAGAAGAUUGAGCUGCUGAAGCGACUGAUAGCGCUGCAGAUGCCUCUGCUGACGGAGGGGAUCCGCAUCCACGGGGAGAAGCUCACAGAGCAGCUAAAGCCGCUGCAUGACCGCUUGUCUUCUUGUUUUCGGGAACUCAAGGAGAAAGUGGAGAAGCUCUACGGUGUUAUAACCCUGCCACCCACCUUGACUGAGAGGAAGCAGAGCCGCACGGGGUCUAUCGUACUACCCUACAUCAUGUCAUCCACGCUGCGGAGAUUGUCCAUCACCUCAGUGACUUCCUCGGUCAUUUCCACCUCUUCUAACUCAUCUGAUAAUGCUCCUUCCAGACCAGGAUCUGAUGGGUCAAUCCUGGAGCCACUUCUGGAGCGCAGGGCUUCGUCAGGUGCUAGAGUUGAAGAUCUGCCCCUCAAAGAGGACAGUGAGAACCGGAUCAGCAAGUUCAAGCGAAAAGACUGGAGCCUCAGCAAGUCCCAGGUCAUUGCAGAGAAAGCACCAGAACCUGAUCUGAUGAGCCCAGCCCGAAAAGCACAAAGACCAAAGAGUCUCCAGUUGUCGGACAAUCGGCUGACGCCAUUUCAUGGUUCUUCACCUCCUCAGUCAACACCCCUGAGCCCACCUCCACUCACUCCUAAAGCUACCAGGACUCUAAGCUCCCCGUCUUUGCAGACAGAUGGGCUGAUGACUACUACUGUCCCGCCUCCCCCUCCCCCCAAAAGCAAGCCCUACGAGAGCGGCCAGAGGAACUCCACAGAGAUUGCCCCUCCGCUGCCGGUCCGCAGAGAAGCCAAAUGCCCACCUCCACCUCCUCCCAAAGCCCGCAAAUCUGGCUUCCUUGCUUCUGAGCCCGGAUCCCACUAAGGGUCUUGCCAGGUCUCCAGAACUCUGAACACCUUGAACAGCUGACGCCUAAGAGGAGUCCCUGUCCUCGUUCCCCAGGGCUCCUUGCUGACCCCCUUCCUGAUCUGGGGCCAGCUGUGCCGCCUCCAAACUGGUGGUUCUUUGAAAGGCUACUGUGAAGGAAGCCUAAGCACCGCCCCCACUCCAGUCCGCAUGAAUUCCAGAAUUGGUCAUGUCCUCUGUCUUUCUCAAAGGAGAGAUCUCUCUCACCGUUAUUAAAUUCAGCCUCCAGCCCAGAGCUGCUGCGGCCUACAGACGCCUGGCUACAUUCUUCUGUGGAGGUUGUUGAGCAACCCCAGGAACCUGCACCUUGGAAGGAUUUGUGAAAAGCUCUGCUUGAGACUUGAUUUUCUCACAUGGACACACCGUGUCCCGAAUAACAUUGGAAAAGAGGCGCCUCAAGUACUUCAGUAGUUGAAAUAAUCCUACCUUUCUGAUGUCUGCUUAUGUCUUCUUUAAGGAAAAGAACAUCUUUGUAAUGAAGAUUGGUAACUUUCACGUAUGAAUAGCUAUCAUUGGUGAAAAACCAUGGACUCGACUGUGGGGUCUGAGCUCCUGCCACGCCCCCCUCCACCCCCACCCCAGACCGGCUACGUGUGGCACAGGAACCCUCCCGGGAGUCCCUUACACUCUCAACUAACCAGCCCUCACCACACUGUGUCACUCCUUCUUGCUACAGACUCCCUCGAAGCUCUUUCUUUACCUCUUCUGAGCUCACAUCACUGGACAGAAGGGACUUCGAAGCCCGGGUUCAACAGCUUCUCUUCCAGAUCCCAUUUGGUUGGCUCAGUGACCCCUCUCUGCCACCCGAUAUUACCCUGGAGAAUAUAGUGCAAUAUCUCCCUUUGAUUAUUUAUUCCUCGUGAUUGUGGAAUUAAUUUGAUUACAUGUUCAUGGUACUAAGUCCAUAGUCCUUUCGGAAGAAGAAAUGGGCUGAUUCAGAUGAUCGGAUAUUACGUACACCUACACGAACCACACAAGGUUAGAGACGUUUUGAGCUAGAAGGGCCCUCACUAAAGGUCAUACAAACAACCCCCUCGUUCUGUAGACAAGGAAACUGAAGCUAAACACAGAAAAUCUGCCUACAGAUUCUUACUAACAACCCAGCUUGCUAAUUGAGGCUCUAUCCCCAGGUAACACUUAGAUCGAGAAGACAGCCCUGACGAACUCCGUGAUGAAUUCUUACCCCUAGUUGGGAUGACGGUGGAAAUGUCCCAGAUGUUUCUAUACUACUUUGACAUAUAUGGCAA